GUUAUUGACAAGUGCCGCAAAGGUGACCGAUGUGAAGCGAGACACCCCGACGACCGCGAGUGCCGGAUGCUUCGAGAUAGGAUGGAAAACACCCCGUGCAAGUUCGGCGCGGACUGCACUCGCAAGGACUGCGUCUUUAAGCAUCCUGAGGGCUACAGGAAGCCUGGCGGCGGUGGCGACCGCGACCGUGACCGCGACGAAAAAAAGCGAGGCACGUCAGGGCGCAGCGCAACCCAGCGUGCUGUCUGCCACAUGCGCUGUUGCAGCCGAUGACGAUCGGCUGCACUCGGUCAGUCUUGACGUGUUUUCGAGGCCGAAGCAGCAGCUAGGCGGCGAGAAGCGACGAUGCAGGCAGGAGAAGGAUUACAGUCUGGUCUUGCAGUGUUGCGGGGAGUGGCGGGGCCCGGGGCAGGGCAUUUCGGGCUUUUGGCUUUUGGGCAGCACCCUCCCAUCGAAGCACACUGCAGCCAAUUGGCAUUUGCAGAACGGGCUCGAAGGACCCACCCAGCCAAACAGAUGA